CAGGCAGUCGGCGGCAGCGCCAGGCACCAGGGCUCCAGCAAGCUUGAGAAGCAUAUGGCCAGGGACGAGGGCUCCAGCAAGCCCGAGGAGACGCCCAAGCACGGCGCCGACUACAACUACCAGGUGUCCGAUUUCCAGAUGGCGGGGUCCAGGACUGGAUACCUCAACUUUAUCAACAAGUACCCUUGCACCCGUUCGCCCGGUCCUCAGGGGUUCCCGAACAAGUUCGACUGGAUAAUCCACAGGAAGUGGGAGCUCGACAACGUCAGCAAGGGCCCUGACCCGUACGCUGUUUUCUCGUCGAUGGAGAUCCACUCCGUUCCGGCCAUGCUCAAGGUUCUGGAGACGAACUGGCCCCACAGCAACAAGAGCCGCGUCGCGUACUUCACGGGAGACAUGAUGCUGAGCAAGGUGGAGAAGAACUUUGGCAAGGGCACCCUGAGCAGGCUGAGGAAGGCGUUCCCCGGCGGCAUCUGGUGGCAGGCGUACGACGUCCGGAAGCCCGGAUUCAAGGUGGCGCCGGACGGCCUGAACGGCAUGUACCUGCUCCCCGUGUGGGACGUGGCCGAGAAGGCCAUCGGCUCCGCCACCCUGGAGGGCAAGACGAAGGGGGUGCUGGCCGCCUGGGGCAAGUUCCACCCCAACCUGGACGCGAUGAUCCCUGCGCGAACGAAGCUGAAGCAGUGGGUGGGCACCCCGGAGUCCAUCGCCGCCGGUGUCGAGCACGCCUCUUUCGAGCCGAGGGAGUACUGGUCGACGCUCGCCAAGUACCGCUUCACGAUCUCUCCGCGCGGGGGGGGCAUCCAGUCGCCGAAGAACGACGAGGCAUUGCUCGUGCUCACCAUCCCCAUCUCUACCCGCGAGGGUUCCGUCAAGGGCUUCAAGACGGAGCCGGCCUUCGAUGACCUGAAGAAGCUGGGCUGGCCCAUGGUCGUGCUCGACGAGUGGUCGGAGAUCACGAAGCCCAAGCUUGACGAGUGGUGGGACGAGCUCUCUCCGAGGCUGGUCAGCUUCCGCAAGAACUGCCUCACCACGGAGGGCUUCUGGAGGAUCAUUACUGGGCAGGUGACCUACUGCGAGUGAGCAGCCCGCGCCGAGCGGGAGAUCUGCCGCCGUUGGAUCUCCCAGACCAUGUUCAUCGUCGCUAAAGAAAUUAAGGUAGUGACUGGAAGGGGCAAUCCAG